AAAAAGGGCGGCCCUCUCGCUCCGCGCCGCUGCUGCCCCGGGAGCGAAUUAAUAAGGCGGCGCAGACGAGGGCGUCCGAUCCACGCGCGCUCCGCACCCGGGCCCUCUCCAAGUUGGAAAGGACAAAAAGAAGGCAAUAAAUGCUAACAAGGGAGAGAGAGGGAGCCGGAUCGAGCGGCAACUCCCAGCCUCUGCUGGAGGAGAGAGGGAGGGAGGGAGCCGGAGAGAGCGAGCGCGCGCGAGGGCGAGCCAUGCACGUAAAGAAACUGACACCCGGACCCCCCACUUCUCCUGCACGUUGCUGGCAAUCAGAUCGCGUUUAAGCAAUUUCCUGAGCCCAAGAAUAGCAAUGAGUCGGGAGACUUUCGCGGGCUGAAAUUGGGAGCUCGAAGCACUUUUCCCCCUACUUUUUUUUUUUUUUUCCUGCAGAAGGGGGGGGGGACGCUACAAUUUGGAAACAGCUUUUUUUUUUUUUUUUUGCUUUUUUUUUUUUUUAAUCUUGCACUUUGAAACCGCGGGACUGUAGCAGGGUGCGCGCGUGUGGUUGGUGCCUUUUUUUUUUUUUUCCCUUCCCCUGCCUAAACUCCUCUGUCAGCCCGUAAACAUUACCUGAGAAUUCCCCAGCCGAAACGGCUGCCGGGGCAAGAAACUUCUUGUUAGAACUUUCCACCUCCAGCUUCCCCUCCACCCCUCUUACUGUCCCAACCUUCUGAGACGCUUUUUCUCCUCCCCAGGAGGAUUUAUCUUUCUUUUUUUCUUUUUAUUUUCCUUUUUCUCACCCGGUGUUUUGCGUUUGGGAAGAGGUGAUUUCAAAAGUGGCCAGGUGGGACGCCUCUCUCCCCCUCUUUCGGUUUAUUUAUUAUUGUUUGGGGUGUUUUCUUUUUCAAUUCCUGUUUUGUUCGGUCCGGGGAGUUUCGCUCCCCCUACCCGGCGCCGCGGCGCGGAGGAUGGUGUGGAAAUGGCUGGGCGCGCUGGUGGUGUUCCCUCUGCAGAUGAUCUAUCUGGUGGCGAAAGCAGCCGUCGGACUGGUGCUGCCCGCCAAGCUGCGGGACCUGUCGCGGGAGAACGUCCUCAUCACCGGCGGCGGGAGAGGCAUCGGGCGCCAGCUCGCUCGCGAGUUUGCAGCACGAGGCGCCAGAAAGAUUGUUCUUUGGGGCCGGACUGAGAAAUGCCUGAAGGAGACAACAGAGGAGAUUCGGCAGAUGGGCACCGAGUGCCACUACUUCAUCUGUGACGUGGGCAACCGGGAGGAGGUGUACCAGACGGCCAAAGCUGUCCGGGAGAAGGUGGGCGACAUCACCAUCCUGGUGAACAACGCCGCCGUGGUCCAUGGGAGGAGCCUGAUGGACAGCGACGAUGACGCCCUCCUGAAGUCCCAGCAUAUCAACACCCUGGGCCAGUUCUGGACCACCAAGGCCUUCCUCCCGCGCAUGCUGGAGCUGCAGAACGGCCACAUCGUGUGUCUCAACUCCGUGCUGGCGCUGUCCGCCAUCCCCGGCGCCAUCGACUACUGCACGUCCAAAGCCUCGGCCUUCGCCUUCAUGGAGAGCCUGACCCUGGGCCUGCUGGACUGUCCGGGCGUCAGCGCCACCACCGUGCUGCCCUUCCACACCAGCACCGAGAUGUUCCAGGGCAUGAGGGUCAGGUUCCCCAACCUCUUCCCCCCGCUGAAGCCGGAGACGGUGGCGCGGAGGACGGUGGAAGCCGUGCAGCUCAACCAGGCCCUCCUCCUGCUCCCAUGGACCAUGCACGCCCUUGUCAUCUUGAAGAGCAUACUCCCACAGGCUGCCCUCGAGGAGAUCCACAAAUUCUCAGGAACCUACACCUGCAUGAACACUUUCAAAGGGCGGACAUAAGGCAGGACCCAGAGACGCUUGAAAGCCACGGAACCUGAGGGGGCAUGACACCUGGGCACACACCCACGUGCCUGUCCCUUGGCACACUUCUGCUGGGUGAACAGGACUGCUCCUGUCCCAGGCAAGAAUCCAGCUGCCCCACCCCACCCCAAGCCAGCCCCAGGACCUUUGCACAGGACUGGUGGGCAUAACUGACCCCCAUGGGGAGGCAAGAAACCAGCCAGCAGCCGCCUUGACACUUUUGUACAUUUCUAAUUCUGUAGAGUUUAUUGUUAAAUUGCUUCUCGAGUCUAAUCAGCCUCAGCAGUGUGCAUAGACUAUUUCCGGGAGGGUCUGUGCCAGACGCUCCUUCUCUUCCUCCAAAAUCCACUCAUCCUCAGCUUGCGCAAACUGGUUGAACGGCAGGAAUGAAAAAUAAAGAGACAUGGCUUUUGCGACUUC